AUGAAUCCGCGUAAUGUGAAGAACAUCCCAUAUGAUGGAAACGGCGAGCGCGAGUGGAGUCACGAUUGUUCCGAAUGCUUUGACGAUUGUGGAACCUGCUGCUUGGGUUGGUGCUGCCCGUGCAUGGUCUACUCCCAGAUCCAGUCUCGCCUGCAGUACCUUGAAACACGCAACGCACCUCAUCCAGAAUCUGGGGAGUCAUGCAACGGCGAUUGCUUCGUGCAUGGCCUCCUUCAAUGCUGCUGCGGUCUUGGUUGGGUCCUCCAGAUCGGUCAAAGGACAGCGGUCCGCAACCGGUACCGCAUCGCAGGUGAUGGCUGCAGCGACUUCAUGAUGGCAUACUGCUGUACUCCGUGUGAGCUCACGCAGGUGUCUCGUGAAUUGGAACUUGAGGAGCGUGCACUUACAGGGGGUGCGGGCAUCCCAGCACCAAUGCCGACGAACACGGGCACUUACCCCGAAAAACGCUAA